UCUUAAAAAGCGCAGGCUCACAGAACGUUGGCAGUAGAGCGCGUAGCAAGGCAUCUGGCACAAUCAGAAAAGGAAAGCGAUAAACAGGUCAGCGCACAGAUACCCUCUUGUCACUUCUAUACUGGGACAAAAACAAGCACAAGAACAAGGGGGGAAAAACGUACAGAAGAAAAGAAACCUGCUCCAAUGCAUCAAACAGUGGACUUUGCUAUUCUCUAUUUGCAUAGACAAGCCAGAUGAACACACAGAAAGCAGCUCACGCUUUGUACAAAGCCAAGGCUAGGCAGCUGUGCUUUUUGGUCCUCCUGUGUUUCCACCUGGCCUCUGGGGAUGGCUCUGGUUCAUGCAGACACUCGGUGACGAAGGACCAUAUCCAAACCGUCAACACUCUGAUUGUAAACCAACUUGAAAAUGGCUUUUCAAUCGAUUACACGUUUAUAGAUCAAGGAUCUUUGAGUAAAACCUGCUACGUCAAAGCUGCCUUCCCCAAAGUCCUGGACGUUCUGACGAAACACUUCAAUUAUCACAAGAGUUCGGUCAAUUUUAAAUAUGUGGACCAGUUAAAAACACUGGUGAAAAACAUCUACAGGACUAAAUGCAUACCCGAAGUCAAUGUGAGUGUGGAGGACGACCCAGAGAAGUUUGUGAAGACCUAUGCAGGCUCUCCUCAAGCUGUGUUAGAUCACAUUGGGAAAGUGAUGUCUUUCUACAUGGAGCUGCUGACACAAAACAGGCCAAUAAACUGGAAUUGUGUUGACCAGUAUGCACAGGAUGUCGCAGAACCAACAACCGAGGGCGCCCUGUCCACAGGUACGACCGUGUGUCGGUGCUCUUGCCCAACUACAGGUGGUGGUGCUGCUCAGUGGGCUUCCACGACAGCCACCAACCUUUGGAAGAACCUUCCAAACCCCACCGUUGACAUACAAAACACUCCCUACUCCACCAAGCUGUCACAACCCCAGACAGGCAGCCCCAGCACUAGAGAAAGAUGGGGUAUCCCAUCAACAAACCCUGGCACGACAGGAUCCCACAGACAAAGGAUGAUUGGUACAGACACUACUUCUGAGGCUUCAACAAGCAGCUGGAACAAGAUAACAAAUAAUUUCCAAACCAGCAGCAGCAAGAAGAAUCCUUCUUCUCCUUCCUUUACUAGUAUACCAUAUCCACAAGAUGAAGAUAAUACUGGUUCACCUGCAUCUGAAUAUACUCCUACAAGCUCUGAGGUCCAAGGUGAUGUAUCCCAAAGUUCCCCAGGUUCUCAAACAGCAAAACCUUUUAGCAAAUCUUUAGUGCCUAGUCAAAAUACAGCUACUGACCAGGCCCUGUCUGGUCAACAACUUCCAACUGCGCUGUUGAAAAAACGCUUUACGCCUUCCAUAAAAAGGUCCAUGGAGCACCUGAUCACCUACAUCCCUCCAUUUGACAGCACUACUCCCAGCCUGCACACUGAAAGCUCAGCUGUCUCUCCUAGGGCCAAGAGAUCAGUAGAUCCUAGAGUAGACGGAUCCUUUGAUAGUUCAGAAAGCGAGUUAUCUGCAGAUUGGACCCCUGUUACCAUUGAGCCCCUUGGUAUCAGAGAUGAUGUUGCAGAUGAGCAAAGCACUCUGGAUUCAGGCACAAUACCCACAGGGUCUGACUCCCCUGUGUCUUCUUCAUCUGUUCUUCGUCACAGAAAAACAUAUAUCAGGAUUGAUGACAAUGAAAAUAUCAACACAGGUUAUGGAUCCAAAAUCCUGGGACACGGUGAAGGAGAGGUCCAGCCUUCAGAUGGUCCGAGGGGAGGCAGACAGUCCGAGAAGGAACCCCAGAAAGAGACACAAGAGGAUGAAAACCAUUACAAGCUGGCAUUCAUAUUGGUAACUGUGUGCGGAGUUCUGCUGGGCAUUUUGGCACUCUACUGCUUCAUACAGAAAAAGAAACUUGAGGCAAAGCUACACAAACCAGAACAAAGUGAAGAUGAAAGGUUAAAGCAACACAGCCAUCAUAUCGAGAUGGAGGAAUCUACAUUUUUAAACAGACCAUCAGGCUCAGCCCUAUAGCCCCCAGGAUGAGUAGAAUUGGCAAGCUUCACUCGACUGCUCUCACCAGGCGAACUUAGGAAACCCAAGAAAUCCCCGGACAACAGCUGAGCCGUGACAGGAAUACAUUCAUUAGUGUGGACCUCGGUGACUGGGGCAAAGACUAUGAGGCUGGUAUUGUUUGAAGCGCAUGGCUUGGCCCGGAUUCUCUAUUGAAAAAAAUUAAGACUUACCACAGUGGAGGGCAAAUCCGUCUUCCAAUGUGCAUCAAAUUAAAGUAUUUCAACCUGUAAGAAGAACAAAUCAUCUGGGUUUCUCCAGAUUAUGAGUUUGCCACACUUCUAAAUAAACUACACAGUAUAUAUAUGUCAAAGCAGGUGCUGUACAUGUGUGUUCAUCCAUUUAACCUGUGGACUAAUAGAUUUAAUCUCUGGAAUAAUAGAUUUAACCUCUGGAAUAAUACAUUUCUCGUACCUUGACUGUGCGUUGAAUCUGAUAUGACAGUGUUUGAAGAAUAUCUGUUGGGUGUACCAUGAAAGAAGCUGUUUUUCCAGAGUCAGAAGCAAUGUUAUUUUGAAUAAUGAUGUCCAUAUUUUUGCAGUAACACGUAUUAACUUGUGGAUUAACAGUAUAGGUUUGUAACGGUCACUCUGCACAACCGAAAGGCAGUUGCACUGUCCAGUUAGGAAUGAUAGUCAUCAGUCAUUCCAUCUCUGCUAAGGACAAAGUCCCUGUCUGGGCCGAGCAUAUCGGGCGUCCCCACUGAAAAAAGCUGUGAUCAAGGAACACAUCCAAGACAUGCUUUGGACGGGCACCGGGCCCUUCCUGUGGAUAAGCCCUUCCUGCUGGGUGCAGCAGCUCAGUCAAGAGCCGGCGCCUAGCAGCUGACUUGGAACUGGUGCGGACCAGGGACAUUUUUGCACUUUGUCUAAACUCUUUUCUUUUGUUCGCUGUUGCUUGUUUAAAGUUUAACUGUAGAUUCAAGGUCUGUUUUAGUGUUUGUUGCUUUUGUGUGUGGCAGUCUCCAUUUUCUAAGGCUCCUGAUUUUUUUUUCUAAUCAACUGUCACACCAUUCAACCCAUCACAACCAGACUAGCUUACAAUUUUCAACCAUUUUUCCUCAACCUUCUACAUUCAACAUCAUUGCUUUGUUUACUGGACUCAUUUCGGGACUUCAUCAUUCAGUGAGAUCAUUCCUUUUUGUUUGUUGGAUUUUUUUACUUUGUUAUUUUGAUACUUUGUAUAGACUUGUUGGGUCUACCUGUCAUUCUCCCACCAGUGCCAUAGAGACUGUUAAAUGUAAUUGUUCCCAUAAGUCAUUGUUUUUCAUCUGUAAUUAUUUCAUUUGCCUUUGUCUUUCUCUGUGUGAGUGUGUGUUGUGUUUGCUAGUGUGAAUUUAUUGAAGUCCCUCUGGACACUACACUCCUUUCUAUUUUGUGAUACCGUUUGGCCUUCUGUUUGUACCUACAUACUUACCUGUAUCUUUACUUGCUCUCUACAGUUAUCUAUUCUUUCUUAUCAUUAUUGGAAUUACUGUUUUCUACAUUUUCUUUUCUUUUUCUGUUUUAUACCCAUUUGUUUUUGGUUUUGUACAUUUUUUUUCAUUUGUUGAUAUUAUUGUUCACAACAGUAAAACGGUUGUUUGUGAAAUUGACCCUUCUGACGUCUCUGCGUUUGCUGUCUGUCACUCUUGUUGACUUGUUUGACAAUAUUAAAUAGGGCCAGUAAUAUCUCCUUAGGGAGGACAGUGCAACCGCCUUUUGGUUGUGCAGAGUGACCAUUACAGUUUUAUGGCCAUUUCAGAGGUAAAAGGGUAGUCUUUUUAGAUAUACCUCAAUUACGACUAGGAAUAUCUAUAUCACAACAUAAAAGACAACAUUUUGACUGAAGUGUUUUUUCUUUUCAGUUCUUUUGUCAACACACAGUCCACCUGACUAAAGUGUUUAUGUCAUUUUUACUCGGAUGUUAUUAAUGAGCAUUAAUGUUAUGAACAAUGUCUGAUUUCUAAAGAAAUGGUAGGACAAUUUUACUAAAGUGUUUUCUCCAGUACAAAUCAUGCAUUGUGUAUCAGAAACCCACUGUUGCGUUCGGUAGAAAAAAACGAAAAAGACGUGGGUAAUAAAUGAAAGUCAACAAGUUGCCACUCUUUCUGUUACAAGACACGUGUCCUUUUUUCAACGUGAUGCAAGAAUUCAAUGACUGCAGCUGUGCUCUCUCCACUGAGACAGCGAUGAAUGCCUGAUGCAUUGCUUAGUUCAGAGAGCCAUACUGCUGAUGGUCACACCCCCUUUCCCCUUGGAUUGUCUCUCUCUCUCUCUCUCUCUCUCUUGAUUUGAGAUUGACAGUCACCACUGCCCUAUAGGAACUAGGAGCCUAUUUCAUGCAUUGUAUAACAUUGUCAUGAGUAUUUGUUUGUACUCAUUACUCGGCACGGGCUUAUUAUUACAUUUAAUUACUAAUUAGUCGUUAUUUGGUUGCUACUGUGUAAGUAAUGUAACUAUUAGCAAAUUCUACAGAUGCUCCACAUUUCGUUUUAUUUUCUGUGCUGUACUUUGCAGGGUUUAAUCUUAGUGUUGCAACAACAGAGUAGCAGAGUUUAUUUAUAGGUACAGGACACACAAUAGCAUAGGAAUACAGUUUGAAAAAAUGCAAAAAGUUGUGAUAUAUUGCCUCCUAUGCAGAAAUCUUAAUUUGCUUUUAAUAAAGGCACUAAUACAGUUACAGAGAUGUUUAGCUCUCUCCUCUGAUGCCAUUUUCUGGCAAGAUUUGCACUGAUUAUGCGUUUUCUGGUUUCCAUGUUGUACAUUAAUUACAGUCCUUUCUUUCACGUAACUAAAAGUAGUUAUGUUAUUUUUACAUAAAAUGAAACGUGUUAGCACAUUUUGUUACCUUCUGAAAAAGGAACUAUUACAGUUACAAGCUAUUGAAAAUAUAUAAUCACAUUACAGUAAUGUACGUGUAAUGCAUUACUCCCUCAACACAGGUUUAUUAAUUCUUAAAAAAAUAAUUAAUUGCAGGUUUUGAACUGGAGCAAAAUGCUAAUUAAAUGUUGUCUUUGUUCAUAAAUAUAGACUUUAGUUUACAUAUACUCUCUUCAAUAUAUAUAUAUUUUUAAAUAAAUGGUAUGCAUUGUCAGAGGAGUCUGUCUUUUUAUAUGUUAUAACAUUUUAAUUUAAUAUGAACAAAUUGCAAAUGCUUUUAUCAGCCUAUAUCGAUUCAUCUAAUGUGAUAUACAUGGUCAGUUAAAGAUGAUAUUUGAGUGGAAGUUUAAAGAUUAAAUAGAUUGUCAUUGUUAACAUCCUGACAACUUUUUACACUUAUAACUCUCUGUUUCUGUGACGGUGUAAGGAUUAUUGCCCACAUUGUCAAACAGAUAACACAGCAAUAACAAUCCAUGAUAUGAUAUGGAACAGAAAAGCCAGAGCAUUUACACUUUUUAUUUUUUCAAUCGCUCUUCCUGCAGUGAUUUAGAGGACAGAUCUCAAACCCCGGUGCACUAGAGCAGACAUUUUGAAAAGAGCUUUGAAACAGAGCUUAACGUUCUAAGUGUAAAAAGUUGUCAGGAUGCUAACAAUGAAAAGAAAAAUGACAGGUAUGUUAUUUAAACAGUUGUAGCAACGCGUGGGGACGUGGAACGCUAUAUUGUUCGAAACCCCGCUACUUACUCUUUAAUAUAAGAAAUAUAUUCAAUGACAGUAAAAUACUGAGAUAUUCAUAACAAAAAUAAAUAAAUGAAAAUAACAGACGGCACUUUAAGUAAACUCAGUUUGGGGAAUAUUACUGUAGAUGUGCAAGAUGCUCUGACCACUUGUGGUACUACUGAUUUAUAGCAAUGUUAUAUCCUGUCCUUUCAAGUAUACUUUGCAUUUAUUGUUGUUAAUUACACAAGUAGUUGUGUAGUUUCUUCUCAAUUACAUGUGUAAUUACAGGAUCUCAAAGCACUAACACUGUACAGCAAAAUCACUGAGCAAUCACUGAAGUGUAACCAAUUAUAUAAAUAUAAAACCCAUCUGUAUUUGUGUCUAUAUGUGUUCCUUAUUGCCAGGUACCAGUAAGUGUAUAAACCGAACAGCAAUUUAGCCGUUGGCUUUUUGUGUUUCACCAUUUUUUUUUUUUUUUACUGUAGUUUUGUAACAUCAGAGGUUUCCCUUUCACAAAUUGUAUCCUGGAGUGUGAUAAUUCAUGGCCAGAAAUGUCUAUUGUGGAAGAAGGCAUGCCCAUAUUAUAUAACUAUAGCCCACAGUUGUAUUCACCCUACAGUGUCAAGGUCACUCAUUUUGUUUUCAUCAGAGAGGUUCUAUCAGCACAUUAUCUAUUGUCGGACGCUGUCUGCAACCUCUACACUUAAAGUACGAAAUAUAAAUAUGUGAUGUGCAUUUUCAGGUUAGAUUAAGGGUAUGGACCUGCCAAGCUCACGUUUUGCAUAAAUGUAGACCUGCCUUUUGUCAAAUGUUUGCCAUUUAAUGCAAUUGCUUUACUCAAUAAAAACCAUACAUAUGCUUAUA